AUGAUGGGGGUGGGCAUGAUGAACUCCGGGUACAGUAUGGGCAUGCAGACACCAAUGUACAAUCAGAUGUACCACCACCAACACCAGCCGCAACACCACAUAUCGGACCAGCAGACCGACGUGAAGGGUAAGGGCAAGAUAGUCGAGCUGGAUGACCACCAGUGGGAGGAGCAGUUUGCCCAGAUUGAGUUGCAGGACAAACAAGCAAGGGAGGACGAAAGUUUGGCAAUGGAGCCCGAGCUCAACAAGUUGGAUGAGAAGAUACUCGAGUCCGAGACCGGCUUCGGCGAUUUCGAGUCCAUAUGGCGGGGCAUUCAGAACGAGAACGAUGCAAUGAGAUCUAUGGCGGACGACGAUUUGGGCAUGAAAUGGGGCGACGACAUGGAAGGCUGGGGUGCCGGUAGUGGUCGUGUCACCGCCAACCCCCCAGUAGAGGAGUAUCUCUUUGAGGAGGAGAACAUCUUCAAAGACCAACAGAACCCGUUUGAGGAGGGCGUGCGCAUCAUGAACGAGGGCGGUAACUUGUCGCUUGCCGCACUCGCGUUCGAGGCCGCAGUUCAGAAGCAACCAGAUCAUGUCGAAGCUUGGGUCUACCUAGGAUCGGCUCAAGCACAAAAUGAGAAGGAGGAGGCAGCAAUCCGUGCACUCGAACACGCUCUGAAAUUAGAUUCGAACAACCUCGCUGCUCUGAUGGGCCUGGCGGUUUCCUACACCAAUGAGGGAUAUGAUAGCACAGCUUACCGCACGCUUGAACGCUGGUUAUCGGUGAAGUAUCCUAACAUCAUCUCGCCAACGGAGUUAUCUUCAGCCGCUGAGAUGGGCUUCACCGACCGCGCGCAACUCCACGAGAAGGUCACCGACCUCUUUAUCAGAGCAGCACAGCUGUCACCUGACGGCGAGCAUAUGGAUCCGGACGUACAGGUUGGUCUUGGCGUGCUUUUCUAUGGCGCUGAGGACUACGAUAAGGCCGUGGACUGUUUCAGCGCCGCCCUCACCAGCAGCGAGAUGGGCAGCACCAACCAGCGAAGUCAGAUACACCUCCUGUGGAAUCGCCUUGGCGCUACUCUGGCGAAUAGCGGCCGCAGUGAAGAGGCCAUUGCGGCGUACGAGAAAGCCCUGACCUUGCACCCCAACUUUGUCAGGGCACGAUAUAACCUUGGUGUCAGUUGUAUGAAUAUUGGCUGUCAUGAUCAGGCCGCCGGCCACCUACUCAACGCUCUUGACAUGCACAAGAGCGUGGAGAAGAGUGGGCGCGAAAAGGCGCGAGAAAUUCUAAGCAGCACCGGCGAUGGUAGCGAUGUCAGUGACGAGCGUUUAGAUCAGAUGACCACGCAAAAUCGGAGCACCACGCUUUACGAUACUCUACGCCGGGUAUUUACACUCAUGGGACGUCGGGAUCUCAGCGAGAAGGUUAUUGUGGGGAUGGAUCCCGACAUCUUCAGAGCAGACUUUGAAUUCUAA